UCGCGCUGAGCCUCUCUCGCCCUCAUUCGCCGUCUUCUCAGUGGUAGCGCCCAGACCCGCUAAAAAGCGCCUUUCAAGUCCCCGCGCGGAGCGGUGAGGUUGUGUGCUCGCGGUAAGGUGCAAAGCGCAGUCUGGGGUGACCUACAACAGAGAUUUCUAGACAAAAACAAACAGAAGAAAUUUAUUUAGAAGUAAGGAUGAUGGAUCCAUGCUCAGUUGGAGUCCAACUUCGAACCACAAACGAGUGCCAUAAAACCUACUAUACUCGUCAUACGGGUUUCAAGACUUUGCAAGAAUUAUCAUCGAAUGAUAUGCUUUUACUGCAGCUUAGAACUGGAAUGACACUUUCUGGGAAUAAUACAAUUUGCUUCCAUCAUGCAAAAGUUUACAUUGACAGAUUUGAGGAUCUGCAGAAGUCAUGUUGUGACCCAUUUAACAUACACAAGAAACUAGCCAAGAAAAAUUUGCAUGUAAUUGACUUAGAUGAUGCUACUUUUCUGAGUGCAAAAUUUGGGAGACAGCUUGUACCUGGCUGGAAACUUUGUCCAAAGUGUACACAGAUCAUCAACGGAAGUGUGGAUAUAGAUUCUGAAGACCGUCAGAGGAGAAAACCAGAUUCAGACGGAAGAACUGCUAAGGCUUUGAGGUCCUUACAGUUUGCAAACCCAGGAAAACAAACUGAAUUUGCUCCAGAAACUGGUAAAAGAGAAAAAAGAAGGCUCACAAAAAAUACAACUGCUGGUCCAGACAGACAAGUGAUUCCGGCAAAGAGUAAGGUCUAUGAUAGCCAAGGUCUCCUGAUUUUCAGUGGAAUGGACCUCUGUGACUGUCUCGAUGAAGACUGUUUAGGAUGCUUCUAUGCUUGUCCUGCCUGUGGAUCUAACAAAUGUGGAGCAGAAUGUCGCUGUGACCGCAAGUGGCUAUAUGAGCAAAUUGAAAUUGAAGGAGGAGAAAUCAUUCAUAAUAAGCAUGCUGGAUAAACUGUGGCAUCAAGCUAUAGGAUCUUUUCUCUUUCUGAAGUUCUGCUGUUCUAAGAUAGAUGUUAAAAUUGACUGCCGAUAUGUAUACACUGAUGGGUUAUUUAUAGCACUUAAGGACUUACUAUCUUAUGAAAUUUUAAAUGGGCUAACACUCCAGUCAGUUUAAGCCUGUCUACGUCAGUGAACAUAAGUAGGGUGCAGGCAGUUUUCUGUUUGCAUAGUUUUCAUAGCCACAAAUCUUGAUGAUGAUAAUUCUGUUAAAUAGUUCCCCAACAGCAUAGUUUAAAUCUCGUCAUCACAGUAUAUUAGCUGUAAUUAGAUGAAAUUCUUCCAGAGUUAACUUGUCAGUCAAAACUCACUAUGUGGAUAAGAAAUGAACUUGACAACCUGUGAGCAGUCACUGUAUUUCUCUCAGAUUCUGCCCAUUUAUUGUUCUGUUCACUCAUGGGCAGCACAUAUGUAGUUGUGUUGUGCUGUCUUGUUUUCCAUGUGACAUUUUACAAAUAUGGCUAAUUAAGGACUGAGCAACAAAAACUAAAGUGUAGCAAAGAUAGGGAUGUUACUAGAAGUAAAAUGUGAAUCAAACAUGAAUGCAUUUGUAAAAGGAAUGACUGGUCAUGGGAAUGUUGAUAAUGCUUCUGUCCAAAAGCCUCUGUGUGUUGUAGUCAGAGAAACUUAGUGAAAGCAGAACUAGCAAAGUAAAUAUGUCCUAGCUAAACGGCUUAAAAAAAAAACCCUUCACAUUAAAGGAAAUAAAGAGAUAGAAUAUUUAAAGCAUAAAAAUGUGGAAACUGAAGGAAGCUCUAAUGCUGUGGUCUUGCUCUCUGUCUCUUGAAAAAAAUCUUACGGGUAGUUGGGCGGUAGCGCAGCAGGUUAAGUGCACAUGGCAUGAAGUGCAAGGACUAGCGUAAGGAUCCUGGUUCGAGCCCCCUGCUCAACAACUUCAGGGGAGUUGCUUCACAGGCAGUGAAGCAGGUCUGCAGGUGUCUUUCUCUCCCCCUCUCUGUCUUCCCUUCCUCUAUUUCUCUCUGUCCUAUCUAACAACAACGACAUCAAUAACAACCAUAAUAACUAUAACAACAAUAAAAAACAAGGGCAACAAAAGGAAAAAUAAAUAUAUAAAAAAUAUAUACUAUUAAAAAAUAAAACAAUUAUAUAUGCAAUAUAUGAACACGGUAAAUUAUUUGUGAUAAAUCAGUGUUAUGAGGUAAUCAGGGACUAUAAAAAGGCUUUUUCUGCAAAUCUUGAGGAAAGUGGACAGUUUACAAAACAUUGAGACAACAGAUAUAAACCUUUUUUUUUUAACUACAUCACUGCUCAGCUCUGGUUUAUAGUGGUACAAGGAAUUGAACCUGGGGCUUUAGAGCCUCAGGCAUGAGAGUCUCUUUGCAUAACCAUUAUGCUAUCUACCCCAGCCCACUGUCUUUCAGAAAUUGAUUAAAUAUUGAUGUUAUAAUACUUAUCUGUCAUUCUAAUUUAUCACCUAGGACAUUGCCACUGUACCUUAUUUAUUUUUGUUUUGCUCUCCCUAAAUUUAGUAAAUCUACUUAAUCAAGUCAGCAAUUUGAGAUAUUUUUUUUGUCUUUGAAACUAAACUUGGUCUGAUUAAAUAGACUCAUUUUCUGUUCUUGUUAAUUUUUGGUAUCUCUUUAAAAUAACAUUUAUUUUUCUUUUUUACUUUGAAAUGCUAUUUUUAAAUUAUAAUUGUUCAUUCACCUGAUUAUCCAAUAUACAAUCAAUUUAUCAACUCCUUAUCCAUGUUUCAACAGAACUUUGGCCAAAUAUUUUUUUUAAAUAGUUUCUAAAUACUUAAAUCAGAUACCAAUUUUUGUUUUCUGAAUUUAAAUAUUUUGUCAUGGGAUACAAACAUAGGGGCUGGGUGGUAGCACACCUGGUUCGAGCCCCCAGUCCCCACUUGCAGGGGGAAAGCUUUGCAAGUGGUAAAGCAGAGCUGCAGGUGUCUCUGUCUCUCCCCCUCCCUAUCUUCCCUUUCCCUCCCAAUUUCUGCCCGUCUCUGUCCAGUAAAGUUAAAAAAUUAAAAAAAAAAUAAACAUAGUAACCAGUACUGUCUAAAUUUCCAUCAUAAUACUUUCUUAGUUGGGCUACUUACAUCAGUUUUGUGCUUCUAAGAAUGACAUAGUAGUGUUAAAGAUUUUCAUAAAAGACAAAUUACUAGCUUAGAUUUCUUUUGUUUACAACAGGAAUAUCUUUUCAAUAGAAUAAAUGAUUUGAGAGUCCAGGUGGUGGUGCACCUGGUUGAGCGCACAUGUUACAAUGCUCAAGGACCUGGGUUUGAACCUCAGGCCCCACCUGUAGGAAUAAAAGCUUUGUGAGUGAUGAAGCAGUGUUACAAGUGUUUCUCUAUCUCUCUCCUUCCCUCAAUUUCUGGCUGUCUAUCCAGUGAAUAAUGAUAAUAAGAAUUAAGAAUAAAUGACUUGAAAAUUGGAAUGUUAUCUUUGCACAUUUUUGGUAAAAUGCUGUUAUUUUCACAGGUGCUAAUAUUGUUUCAGUGGAAAAUUUCAUCAAUGGCUUUCUAAUAUUUGUUCAUGAUAAUUAUUUAGAGAACCAAACUUUUCAAUAAAGAUGCAAAAUAUUUACAAGAAAAGGUCUAUCUAAAGUGUAUUGUAAUAAAAGGUGUGUUUUAGAAAAAUUGGCAUCACUGUCCACUAGCUUCUAAAUAUAAAAUUUUUUAAAUAUA